AUGUCAGCCUAUAAUAUGACUUCCGCCCACCCAGCAGUCUUCUUGUUGCUGGGAAUCCCAGGCCUGGAGGACCUACACAUUUGGAUUUCUAUCCCUUUCUGCUCAGCCUAUACACUGGCCUUGUUUGGUAACAGCACCCUCCUUUUAAUCAUUCGGGCUGAUGUAGCCCUCCAUGAACCCAUGUACCUCUUUCUGGCCAUGUUGGCAGCUAUUGAUUUAGUCCUCUCCUCAUCAACGCUGCCCAAAAUGCUUGCCAUAUUCUGGUUCAGAGACCAAGCCAUCAGCUUCUAUGGCUGUCUGGUGCAGAUGUUCUUUCUCCACUCAUUUGCCAUCAUGGAGUCGGCAAUGCUCCUAGCUAUGGCCUUUGACCGCUAUGUGGCCAUCUGCAAACCACUGCACUACACCGCAAUCCUGACCAAGCCCCUUAUCACCAAGAUUGGCUUGGCCGCUGUGACCCGGGCUGUGACACUGAUGACUCCACUCCCCUUUCUGCUGCGACGAUUUCACUACUGCCGAGGCCCAGUGAUCGCCCACUGCUACUGUGAACACAUGGCUGUGGUGAGGCUGGCGUGUGGGGACACCCGCUUCAAUAAUAUCUAUGGCAUUGCUGUGGCCAUGUUUAUUGUGGUAUUGGACCUGCUGUUUGUUAUCUUGUCUUAUAUUUUUAUCCUUCAGGCAGUUCUCCAGUUGGCCUCUCAGGAAGCCCGCUACAAGGCAUUUGGUACCUGUGUGUCUCACAUAGGGGCCAUCUUAGCUUUUUACAUACCCGUGGUCAUCUCCUCAGUCAUGCACCGUGUGGCCCGUCAAGCUGCCCCCUAUGUCCACAUUCUUCUUGCCAAUUUCUACCUGCUUUUCCCCCCCAUGGUCAAUCCCAUCAUUUAUGGUGUCAAGACUAAGCAGAUUCGUGAUCGCUUCCUAGGACUAUUCCUGAGGAAGGAUGCCAAAGAAGGGUGA